GGUCUCGUCUGCCCUCCCUAAGACUGUUCCAGAAGUCACAGCGCGUGGCCCCACGUUACAUGGUGCCGUGUCUUUGUGAGGCAUCUGUAUCUUAAUACCUUAGCAGUGUCACGGACACCAGUAUCUGACGUCUGAAAUGUCUACUUUGGGAACCCUCGCUUUCGAUGAAUAUGGGCGCCCAUUCAUCAUUAUCAAGGACCAGGAUAAAAAAUCCCGCCUGACGGGCCUGGACGCUCUCAAGUCUCACAUCAUGGCGGCGAAGGCGGUGGCAAAUACGCUGAAAACUUCUUUGGGUCCCAACGGUCUCGACAAGAUGAUGGUAGACAGGGAUGGCGAGGUGACGAUCACCAAUGACGGGGCCACCAUCCUCAGCAUGAUGGAUGUGGAUCACCAGAUCGCCAAGCUGAUGGUGGAGCUGUCCAAGUCACAGGAUGAUGAAAUUGGAGAUGGAACCACCGGUGUAGUGGUACUUGCCGGCGCCCUUCUGGAGCAAGCUGAGCAGCUGCUAGACCGAGGGAUCCACCCGAUCCGCAUCGCCGACGGUUACGACCAGGCAGCCCGCAUCGCCAUCAAGCAGCUGGAUAAGAUCGGCGACAGCUUCCUGGUGGACCCCAAUAACACAGAGCCUCUCAUCCAGACAGCCAUGACGACCCUCGGGUCCAAAGUGAUCAAUCGCUGCCACAGGCAGAUGGCUGAAAUUGCCGUCAACGCCAUUCUGACCGUGGCGGACAUGGAAAGGAAGGAUGUCGACUUCGAGCUCAUCAAGAUGGAGGGCAAAGUGGGCGGGAAGCUGGAGGAUACGCAGAUGAUCAAAGGCGUCAUCGUGGACAAGGAGUUCAGCCACCCCCAGAUGCCCAAGGUUUUGAAGGAUGUGAAAAUCGCCAUCCUCACCUGCCCGUUCGAGCCGCCCAAACCCAAGACCAAGCACAAGCUGGACGUGACGUCCGUGGAGGACUACAGAGCCCUGCAGAAAUACGAGAAGGAGAAAUUCGAAGAAAUGAUCCGGCAGGUGAAGGAGAACGGCGCAAACCUGGCCAUCUGUCAGUGGGGCUUCGACGACGAGGCCAAUCACCUGCUGCUGCAGAGCGAGCUUCCUGCCGUGCGCUGGGUGGGGGGGCCCGAGAUCGAGCUGAUUGCCAUCGCCACGGGCGGCCGCAUCGUGCCCCGCUUCUGCGAGCUGACCCCGGAGAAGCUGGGCACCGCGGGGCUGGUGAAGGAGAUCUGCUUCGGCACGACCAAGGACCGCAUGCUGGUGAUAGAGGAAUGCAAGAACUCCAGGGCCGUCACCAUCUUCAUCAGGGGCGGCAACAAGAUGAUCAUCGAGGAAGCCAAGCGUGCCCUCCACGACGCCCUGUGUGUCAUCCGUAACCUGGUACGCGACAACCGUGUCGUGUACGGAGGCGGAGCUUCUGAGAUCGCCUGCGCCCUCGCCGUCAACCAAGCUGCCGACAAGUGUCCCUCAUUAGAGCAGUACGCUAUGAGAGCGUUUGCCGACGCACUGGAGAUCAUCCCCAUGGCCCUAGCGGAGAAUAGCGGGAUGAGCCCCAUUCAGACCAUGACCGAGGUCCGUGCCAGACAAGUGAAGGAGAACAACCCAGCUUUGGGAAUCGACUGCCUGCAUCAGGGCACGAAUGACAUGAAGCAGCAGCACGUGAUCGAGACGCUGAUUGGCAAGAAACAGCAGAUUUCUCUGGCCACACAAGUGGUGAAGAUGAUCCUGAAGAUCGACGACGUCAGGAACCCGGGCGAGUCGGAAGAUUAAUGCUGGGUCUCCCUCUGCCAUGUCUGCCCUUCACUGGGCUUGAGCAUGUCCAGUUAGGAGGACAGUUAUUUAUUCCAAACCAUGCUAACCUUCCAGGCUGUCAUUGUACGCAGUUCACAAAUAAACUGAUGUCAUAAAUUACUUCUGA